UGAAGUCGUAUCGCCCGGACUGUGCUUGAGGAUUGUGGGAGAAUUCGAACAGCAGCCAUUUUCGGGUCGCGACUGUCAUUCUUCGAACACGCUUCUCAGACUGAGAACGCAGCGGGUCCCGCACUCUCCCAAAACAACUUCCCGAGGAAAGAUCGGACGAUGUCGAUUCACUUUGCGAACAGCCUUCCUGUAUUUUGAUCCCAACUCCAGAUGAAACCAACCGUCGCAAGACAAGAUAACAUUUUGACUAGGCUAAUUCGUGCCCGGAUCGAAUUCAUUAGCUAAUCAGCAAUGCUAACAUAAUUGGUAACAAUGUAUUACUUGGAACUCGCAAGCUUUUAGACGCCAGCGACAAUCGGAUUUAAGCAAAGUGGUGUUCCGUGGGCUAUUUAUUUAUUUUUACAGCUAGUUCAGAAGGUUGAAUAACGCGUCACCCGGAUCUUACCCGUGGGGCAACAGCAGGGGAGAGCAGUGUGUGUGAACCCGGGUGAUCUCCACCAUGGUGUACCCACGCAGCGAGGAGGCCCUGGAGCGCCUGACCCAGGAUGAGAUAGUGCUCAACACCAAAGCUGUGAUGCAGGGCCUGGAGACCCUCCGCGGGGAGCAUGCCCAGCUCCUCACCUCCCUGCUGGACUGCACACAGCCACCUGCUGCCCAGGAGAAGUCAGGCCUGCUGCGUAAGAGCCUUGAGGCCAUCGAACUGGGCCUGGGAGAGGCACAGGUGAUCAUUGCCCUGUCGGGCCACCUGAGUGCGGUGGAGUCUGAGAAGCAGAAGCUAAGAGCCCAGGUCAGACGACUGUGUCAGGAGAACCAGUGGUUACGAGACGAACUGGCAGGAACACAGAGCAAGCUGCAGUGUAGUGAGCAGAGUGUUGCCCAGCUGGAGGAGGAGAAGAAACACCUGGAGUUCAUGAACAAGAUCAAGAAGUUUGACGACGACGUGUCUCCGUCUGAGGAGAAGGCUGCGGGCGAGACGUCCAAAGACAGCCUCGACGACCUGUUCCCCAACGACGACGACCAGGGACAAGCCCAGCCCAGCGGAGAGGCUGCGGCCCAGCAGGGUGGCUACGAGAUCCCGGCCCGCCUGAGGACUCUUCAUAACCUGGUGAUCCAGUACGCCUCCCAGGGGAGGUACGAGGUAGCCGUGCCCCUCUGCAAACAGGCCUUGGAGGACCUGGAGAAGACCUCCGGACACGACCACCCCGAUGUGGCCACCAUGCUCAACAUCCUGGCCCUCGUCUACAGGGACCAGAACAAGUAUAAAGAGGCAGCCCACCUGCUGAACGAUGCCCUGGCCAUCAGAGAGAAGACUCUGGGGAAGGACCACCCUGCGGUGGCUGCCACUCUCAACAACCUGGCCGUGCUCUACGGGAAGAGGGGCAAGUACAAGGAGGCUGAGCCCCUCUGCAAGAGAGCCCUGGAGAUCAGAGAGAAGGUCCUGGGCAAGUACCACCCUGAUGUGGCCAAGCAGCUGAACAACCUGGCCCUGCUGUGUCAGAACCAGGGAAAGUACGAGGAGGUGGAGUAUUACUACAGGCGAGCCCUGGAGAUCUACCAGUCCAAACUAGGAGCUGAUGACCCCAACGUAGCCAAGACCAAGAACAACCUGGCUACAUGCUACCUCAAACAGGGGAAGUUCAAGGAUGCUGAGUCUCUGUACAAAGAGAUCCUGACCCGAGCACACGAGAAGGAGUUUGGCUCAGUCAACAAUGACAACAAACCUAUCUGGAUGCAUGCGGAGGAGAGAGAGGAGAGCAAGGCGAAGAGGAAGGAUGCUGUGCCCUAUGGAGAAUAUGGGAGCUGGUACAAGGCCUGCAAAGUUGACAGCCCAACGGUCAAUACCACCCUGAAGAGCUUGGGGGCGCUGUACCGCAGACAGGGUAAACUAGAGGCAGCUGAGACACUGGAGGAGUGUGCUACCAAGACACGCAAGCAGGGUAUAGAUGCCAUCAACCAGAGUAAGGUGGUGGAGCUCCUGAAGGAUGGGGCCCCUGGAGGGGGGGAGCGACGUCAGAACCGGGAGGGUUUUAGUGGUCCCCAGCGGGGGGACUGUGAGGGAGAUGAUGGAGCAGAGUGGAACGGGGAGGGUAACGGUUCAUUGCGUCGGAGCGGCUCCUUCGGAAAGAUCCGCGACGCCCUGCGCAGGAGCAGUGAGAUGCUGGUGAAGAAACUACAAGGCAGCGGCCCCCAGGAUCCCUGCAACCCAGGGAUGACGAGAGCGAGCUCUCUCAACUUCCUCAACAAGAGUGCAGAAGACCCCUCACAGGAUGCCAACACGGGCCUUUCGGAAUGCAGAGGACUGAGCGCCAGCAACGUGGACUUGUCAAGACGCAGCUCCCUGAUUGGUUAAACAGACAGGAGGCGGGACCAGGAGGAGGAAGGGCCAAUGAGAAGAAACUGCUGGCUGUCCGAUGCGAUCAAAACACACUUCAGGUCCCAACACUCGCAUUCAAGACAUUUUCGGGAAGAAAAAUGAUCGAGAAAAACACGACUUGACAUGGCUUUUUUGUGACAAAUCUCUGUGUCGGUCUGCUUCACUGUAUACUUCGCUGGCAUCAAACAGUAGAGAAAAUGUAUAUUUAACACGGCAUGCUGCAUACUAGAACAUGGAAUGUCUGCACUACUUAUGGUGACUGAGGCAUAGCAUCAUAACAGAAUAGCGAGUAAUUAUUAUUGCAACUUGACAAAUGUCUAUCAUAACUGCCUGGUACUUCUGGUGCAGACGCUCGGCCAUAGAAAUCGGAAUAGAACUAGUUUAUCUGUCUUCGAGAAGCAUCACACUCAUUGAUUAUUAGUGGCAUGAAUACUGCAAAUGCUAGCAACCUGUUCAAUAGAUAUCACAGUGCUAGAGCGGUAUAAAUCAUAUAGGUUUUUAAGACGAGUUACAGGAGGUAUGAACUACAGCUGUUAGAAGAUUCAGCAAGGACAAAGACUGUACACAAUAUUUUGGCGAUGAUGAAAAUAAUCUGAGUGCGUCUGUAUUUUAACAUCAAAUGGGAGCAAAACAGCGCUGACCAGUUCAAGCUCA